AAAGGAAAGCGGGGGUUACUUACUUCUCGGCUUUGCCCGAUUGAGGCUGACGAUAGGAGAGCCUCACUUCCACGCUAGAGAGGGGAGCCGUGUCUCUUGGAGUUUUUAGGCACUUGAUACUUCACAUCCUAUAGAAAAUUUUCUCAAAGGAAAGUUGAUGGGAAUGAGCGGCAGGAAAGGUCUUCUUUGAGUUGACAGAGAGAGUGGCCCCCGGUGCCAACAGGGCAGAUAGUUGCUGCUCUCGCCGCGAGCUGGACGAGGGUUAGCUUACUGCAUGUUGCCUCGGAUAUAAACAUCACUGCGGCAAGAUGGACCUAAAGCUAUUUUUGAUGACUACCCUGUUGGGGAUCUUCUGUUACUGUUUUGCUCAGAAAGAGGGGAACGAGUGCAUCAACGCCAAUGCCAAAUACUGUGGAGAGUGUAUCCAAGCUGGAGCCAAAUGUGGCUGGUGCAAAGACCCGAACUUUUUGAAACAGGGCGAGUCCUUGUCAACCCGCUGUGAUGAGUUCCAGUCUCUGUUGACGAGGGGUUGCACUGAGGACAUGAUUGAAGACCCACACGGAGAGCACAAGGUCCUGCAGAACAAAACGGUUACAAACCGCAAGAAAGUUAAAGACAGAUCCAGAGCAAAGCAGCUAAAGCCGGAGGACAUCACUCAGAUCCAGCCCCAGAAACUCAACCUAACCCUUCGAUCUGGAGAGCCUCAGUCCUUUAAGUUGAAGUUCAAGCGAGCCGAGGAUUAUCCCAUCGACCUUUAUUACUUGAUGGAUCUGUCCUUUUCCAUGGCGGACGAUCUGGAGAACGUGAAGAACUUGGGAACCAGUCUAAUGUCGGAGAUGUCAAAGAUAACAUCUGACUUCAGGAUAGGUUUUGGGUCUUUUGUGGAGAAAACCGUCAUGCCUUACAUCAGCACCACCCCAGCCAAACUGCGGAACCCGUGCACAGGCGACCAGAACUGCACCAGCCCGUUCAGCUACAAGAACGUGCUGAAGCUGACCGAAGAUGGCAAGUUGUUCAACACGCUGGUGGGCCAGCAGCACAUUUCAGGAAACCUGGACUCCCCAGAAGGAGGCUUUGAUGCCAUCAUGCAAGUGGCUGUGUGUGGGGAGCAGAUUGGAUGGAGAAACGUGACUCGCCUGCUGGUUUUCUCCACUGACGCCGGCUUUCACUUUGCUGGAGACGGUAAACUGGGAGGCAUUGUUCUGCCCAAUGAUGGAAAAUGCCACUUGGAGAACAACGUUUAUACCAUGAGCCACUACUAUGACUACCCCUCCAUCGCACACCUGGUUCAGAAGCUGAGCGACAACAACAUCCAGACUAUUUUUGCAGUAACUGAAGAGUUCCAGCCGGUUUACCAGGAGCUGAAAAAUCUGAUCCCAAAGUCUGCAGUCGGUACUUUAUCGGCAAACUCCAGCAAUGUCAUUAACCUCAUCAUAGAUGCUUACAAUUCUCUGUCAUCUGAGGUCAUCCUGGAGAACAGCAAGCUUCCAGAGGGCGUGACCAUAGCGUACAAAUCGCACUGCAAGAACGGAGUGGUCAGCGAGGGGGAAAGUGGACGCAAGUGCUCCAACAUCUCCAUUGGAGAUGAGGUCACAUUUAAUAUCAGCAUCACAUCCAAAGGCUGUCCCAAAGGAGGCACGGCGGAAACCAUCAAGAUCAAGCCUCUGGGAUUUACCGAGGAGGUGGAACUCACCCUCAACUUUAUCUGUGAGUGCGAGUGCCACAACGACGGUGAGAAGAACAGCCCCAAGUGCCACUUUGGGAACGGGACGUAUGAGUGCGGAGCCUGCAAGUGUAACGAAGGCCGCGUGGGCAAACAGUGCGAAUGCAGCAGCAACGACGUGGCGACUGAGGACAUGGACCGCACAUGCCGCAAGGACAACAGCACCGACAUUUGCAGCAACAACGGCGAGUGCGUGUGCGGCACCUGCGAGUGCAAGAAGAGGGAGAAUCCCAACGAGAGGUACAGCGGCCUGUACUGCGAGUGCGACAACUUCAACUGCGACCGCUCUGGGAACCUGCUGUGCGGAGGGCACGGAACCUGCGAGUGCAGGGUGUGCAAAUGUGACCCCAUGUGGACGGGAAGUGCCUGCGAGUGUUCUCAAGACAACCGGACGUGUUUGGCCAGCAACAAGCAGAUCUGCAACGGCAGAGGAACCUGUGAAUGCGGCGUCUGCAAGUGCACUGACCCCAAAUUCCAGGGUCCCACCUGCGAAGCCUGCCCCACCUGUCCCGGAGUCUGCACUGAGCACAAGGAUUGCGUGGAAUGUCGGGCCUUCGGCACCGGCGAGAUGAAGGACAAAUGUCAGGAAAUGUGCAGCACAUUUACCCUGAUCAAAGUGAAGGACCGAGACAAGCUGCCCCAGCCCAACGACGCCUCCUACCCCGUUAUGCACUGCAAGGAGCGGGACGCCAACGACUGCUGGUUCUACUACACCUACGCCGUCAACAACAACACAGAAAAAGUGGUUCACGUGGUGGAAACUCCUGACUGCCCCUCAGGUCCUGACAUCAUCCCCAUCGUGGCUGGCGUGGUGGCCGGCAUCGUCCUGAUCGGCUUGGCCCUGCUGCUCAUCUGGAAGCUGCUGAUGAUCAUCCACGACCGGAGGGAGUUCGCCAAGUUUGAAAAGGAGAAGAUGAAUGCCAAGUGGGACACGCAAGAAAACCCCAUUUACAAGAGUCCAAUCAAUCAGUUCCAGAACCCCAACUACGGACGUAAAGCUCCUGUUCUUUAAGGGGAAAAUCCCAUCUACAAAAGCGCCGUGACGACGGUGGUCAAUCCUAAAUACGAGGGCAAAUAACGGCCCGGAGGCUUGAAGUGAACUCUGAGCGCCGCCGCAUUCGACGGAGCACACGGAAGAAAUACUUCUUCUUUUUUUUUUUUUAUCCCUUCACUUUAUCAGCAUCAUGUAUCAUCCGGCCACUGCAUCAGAUAUUUGUGCUAACACACAUGCUUUAUAUGCGUUUGAUGUACAGUAUUCAGUUUGUGUAUAUACUUUGAAGGUGCAUUUUUGCAGAAGUUGUGUUUUUGAAAUCUGCCGAUGGUUUGGGCGAAGGACUUCUUCACUUUUUAGCCGUUUUUAUCGACACCUUGUGGACUGUGUGGAUGAACACCACCAUGUGCCAGACUUCUUUUGCCUCUUUGUGUUAAUUGUCUACCCAUAAUUCCCGGUGUAUACCUCAUGGCGAUGUUGUAACCGCAUUGGAAGUGAAGGGAAUCGUUGCGAAAUGUGACACAAGCCGAUGACAUCAUCCCUCAUUGGAAUUUUGCAGCCGUAGUACAAUCACGUGCAUCUUUAACUUUGACUUAUUUUAGCGAUUAGAAUGGAUCAGAGCAAACUCCAUCCAGAAAAUUUCAGUUUCCACGACCCCGGAUUUCCUAGAUGAGGCCGCUUUUACUGCAUUCUAAGAUACAAACGGGGUUAGACAUCAUUUCAGUCUGACCCAGUUCUAAAUAGUAAAAAAAAAAAACACAACUAUAACGUUAGCUAUAUUCCAUUAAGGUAUGGAGGUUUUUUUAAAGUAUAGUUAUUUGUAAUACUGAGACUUUUAAAAAAUUAACUUGUUUACACCAUUAAUUAACCACAAACUCAAUUAGAUGCAAACAUCUUCAGAAAAACUUUAGUAAAAUACCAAACCACUGAAACGUUUAUCGUAGUUUAGGCGGAAAGUCGCAAGCGAAACCAGCCAACCUUGGUAGGAACUAGACCGCACAUUUGAGGCAGCGAAGCAUUACGAAGGCUGAUCGCCAUGAAGUAUAAACCCAGCAUAAAACUGCACCUCUUCGGUCUAUUCAUAACAAUCCGCUCCAAUUAGACUCUUCUGAUUAACCGACCUGACGGUGGUUGUAAGCUAGAUUUUUUUCACAUUAAGAUUCAAUCAUGACUAAGCGAAAUAGGAUGAAGGUAAGUUUUUUAUGUUCACUUUGAUGUACAGUUCUAUAAAUGAAGGGAGUGUAAACCACUGGUUUAAAUUAUGAAAUUGUUGCCUUCAGGAACAAUCAGAGGAUCUGUAAAGUUCUGACACUAAAGGCGGUCAUGCAGCGAGAAAUUAUCUCUGCAGUUUAGUUCAGUUCUAAGGUGCUUUUUCUUUCUUUCUUUUUUUUUUUUUACUACACCAAAUAUAUUUUUGUCAGCUUUUUUCUUGAUUAGGUUUGAGUUAUCUUGUGAUGGCACGACUUCAGGACGAAAAACUUGCGUGUCUGUUGCAGUGUCACAUCAAUCUAUGGAGCCUUGACAUGACAUUCAAAUAAAUAAAUAAAAGGUCCUCUCAAAUAAAAAAUGUGUUGCCACAAAUUGGUAUUUUGUAGCCACAAUCAAGUAAUUUGUGGCCACAAUUUUGCUUUUUUUUGGUGAAAUUUAAUGCACAAAAUUCUAAUUUGUGCAAACAAAAUACUAAUUUAUGCACACAAAAUGCUAACUUGUGCGCAUAAAAGAUGAACUUAUGUGGACAAAGUGCUAAAAUGUGGCCACAGAAUGCUAAUUUGUGCAAAUAAAAUUUUAUUUUGCUCGCACAAAAUCAGAAAUUUUGGCCACAAAAUGCUAAUUUGUUUCCACAAAAUAUAAAUUUGCAGCCACAAAUUAUUAACUUGAGGGAACACUUUUUUUUUUGUUUUGUUUUUUUAAUGUCGUGUCGGUAUAAAUCCGCUCUGCUCACACACAAAAAUACCACACUCUUAAGCUUAACUGUGUUUGUUUCGAAGUGCCUUUUCCUUUCAAUCACAUCUCCAAAUGCUGUUCCUGAGAUAUUUAUUAAACAAUACACAAAACC